AUGAUGGCACAAACAAAUAAAUUAUCCUUUAUAAACAUCUUCGCAUUUACCAUAUUAGUAUUUGUAUGCCACUAUUCCUAUGAAACAAAUACAUUUGGAAAAUUAUGCAUUACGAAUAUUAACCAAAAUAAUACAUCAAACAUAAGAGCAAGCAGAUUAUUAUAUUCGGAAACAGAUAUAGAUUUCAACAAAAGAUACAAUUACUUAAAAAAAAAUGCAUUAAAAAUAGUAAAUGAAGACGAAUAUAAUUUUGGAAAUAAAUUAAAUACAUUACUGGGUAAUUUUUAUUUACCAAAAGAAUUUAAAACAUUAUUGUUUGAUGAAAAAGUUCAAAAAUCAUUAAAUUCAAAGGAAUUUAUGUAUGAUAUUGAAAGUUCCAGUGAUUCAUUAAAAUUUGAUGAUUAUCGUGAUAUAGGAUCUGUGGAAUUAAAAGAAAAACAUAUUCAAAAAAAAAAAUGCAAGUCAAAAAAAAAAAGUACGUCAUCAUCUAUAUUUUCAUCUUUGAAGAUAUUAGAUUCAAUAUAUGAAAGAAAUAUAGAAAAACUAUUUGGAACUGAAAAUAAAAAAUCAAACAAAUAUAAUGGUAUAUCUGGAGGAAGUAGUAUUAAAUACAUGUUUAAGGUUUUUUCUCCAAUUAUAAUAGGUACAGCUAUCAUAUUCAUAUUUGCUUUAAUGAAAUGGUUUCCAGCUAUUGCAGUUCCAAUUAUAUUAACUAUUUUAGCAUCAAUAUAUAUUUGCGUUAAAGUACUGAAAGUUCUUUAUAAGAGUAUUAACAAGUCAUAG